UGCCGCCCCACUUUGUCGUCUCCUGCGGCCGCGGUUCCCCCUUGCCGUUUCUCGCGACUUCCUCUCUCACGCUGUGUCUCUCCCUCACGGUUCCCUCUGUCUCUUUCUCCCUGUCCUCGGGUGCCCUCCUCUCGGGCUUCUUCUCCAGAACUUCUCUUCUCCCUUGUCCCCGUCUUCCCUCCUCUUUCCAUCGCCCUUCCUCUCCUUGGAGCAGUAUCUUCUCGCUCGCGAUCUCGAAAGGCGGCUCUUUUCGGCGGGAUCGGGGGGGGGGUGGUGGCGCGGUGGAAGGAGAGCUCGUGGGGCACAGAAGCUGCGGGUUUGGUGGUGAGUCGUCGAGGGUUGGAUCUCUCGAGCUCGGUUCACGGGGAAAAGAGGGAGCUUUCUACGCUUCGGGUGGCUCUUUCACUCCGGUUCCUUCUCCUCCUUGUUCUCGCCAUUCUGCGUCCGGGUGCGGUUUCGCGAUGGCGGGAAGCAACGAGGUGAACGCCAACGAGUCCAAGUGUUGUUAAAGGUGGCAGCUUUGAGUGAUUGGAAUCGUUUCUUCUCUUGCGUUAGGCUCUCUUCCCCCUUUGUUCCCUUCUCUCUCUUCCUCCUCUCUGCGGUGGGUGUUUCUUUUGAGUUCUUGAAUUCCAAAAGCGAAGUAAUUUCGUGAAUCAUCGAUGGCCACUAAAGGAAUUGGGAAAAGUUGGAAUCUUUCGUCAUCAUCCAAAGAGGAAAAUAGCGAAAGCAAACAAAAACCACGUUGAUUCUCGCUUGUUGUCUUCAUCUUUGUCUUUGAUGCUAAUCAAACGAAACAAGAGACGCAUUCAUGGAAGGUCUCGAGAAAUCCCACCUGGCUGUCAUCGCAAAAAGAUCCAAUCUUGCUUCCAUUUCGCGACCGACUCCUCCUGUAAUCGAAGAAAAAGCCCUCAUUCUCUUUCUUGAUUUGAGCUUUUGGUGUUGUGAUGCCUCACAGAUGGUGGUUCCCCUGCACACCUGGGUCCUCAUCUCCAACUUCAAGCUGGCCUACAACAUGCUGCGCCGCCCUGACGGCACCUUCGACCGCCACCUCGCCGAAUUCCUCGACCGCAAGGUCCCCGCCAAUGCCUCUCCCGUCAAUGGCGUCGUCUCCUUCGACGUCGUCAUCGACCGCACCAACAACCUCCUCGCCCGCAUCUACCGCCCCGCCCCUCCCAACCCCACCACGCCCCUUGCCGACCUCCACCGGCCUCCCUCCCCCGAUCCCUUCCCCGUGAUAAUCUUCUUCCACGGCGGCAGCUUCGCCCACUCCUCGUCCAACACUGCCAUCUACGACUCCCUCUGCCGCCGCUUCGUCUCCCUGUGCGGUGCCGUCGUCAUCUCCGUCGACUACCGUCGAUCACCGGAAUACCGGUAUCCCUGUGCCUACGACGACGGAUGGGCCGCCCUCAAGUGGGCUUCCACCGAGCCAUGGCUCCACAGCGGCAAGGAUGCUAAACUUCGGGUGUUCCUCUGUGGUGACAGCUCCGGGGGGAACAUCGCACACCAUGUGGCAGUCAAGGCUGCAGAAUCCGGGAUCGAGGUGUCCGGGAACAUCCUCCUCAACCCCAUGUUCGGUGGUAAUCACCGGACUGAGUCAGAGAAGAGAUUGGAUGGGAAGUACUUCGUCACGAUUCAAGACAGGGAUUGGUACUGGAAGGCUUAUCUCCCCGAGGGAGCGGACAGAGACCACCCCGCUUGCAACCCCUUUGGCCCCAACGGCAUGAAGCUCGAAGAGCUUCCUUUCACCAAAAGCCUCGUUAUAGUGGCAGGUCUGGAUCUUGUUCAGGACUGGCAAUUGGCCUACACCGAGGGGUUGAAGAAGGCCGGUAAAGAGGUCAAGCUUGUCUACCGUGAACAGGCCACGAUCGGGUUCUACUUGUUGCCGAACACCGACCAUUUCUAUGAAGUAAUGGAGGAGAUCAGGAACUUCGUUACUUGUAACUUAAAGCAACCUGCAAAUAUAUGAAGCUCUACACUCUCACAGAAGCUACACAUUUUUCUCAGAUCUAGUUUAGUUCGAUGGCAUGCCAAUGAUUUGUUGCAGCUCGGGUAGCGUCUUGCUCGCUCGCUAGAACUCGAAGAAUGAUUCCGCGGCAAGAGCGGGAUAGCUUGGCCUCCACUGAAACCUCUCAAAGCUGUUCAUGAACAUUGAAUCAAAGGUGACUUUUCUUCGUCUUUCUACUGAUAGAGUCUUUUGUUAUUGCCUGAUCCAGCUCCUCCUCAUAUUUGAUGAGGUUGGAAGCUGGUGCUAACUCUAUAGGUGACGCAGUCUAUGGAAGAAGAACAACUGAAUUGCCUUUCUUCCUUCUACUGGUGUGUGUGUGUUCAGUGGUAUCCGUUGGACACCAUAUUGUACAGUGAUUCAAGUUCAGGAAGAAGAUGAUGGAACACCUUCUUGUUGUGUAUGGGGAUGCAUGGACAGGACUAGUUUCCUUCCUGGUCAACGUUGCGUGCCAUGAAUAUUAUGUUGGGGUAUAAGGAUGGCCUGUGAUUUCUUUCUUGACAUUAUUUUUAUCUUUGGUGUCCUGAUACAGUGGAUUAUUAAUCUUAUUGUGUGCACAUAGUGAAUGGAUUCCA